AUGGGGUCAGCCAUUCCCACCUUUGUGAUUUAUGCCCUGAACACCCGCCAGGAUGAGACAGAGGCCAGCAUGGAGGCGCUACGGGAAGCACACCAGGAGGAGCUCCAGGACGCAGUGGCCGACACCAAGGCCAGGCUCUUGCAGGAACAGGGCUGCACGGGUGACAACCAGGAGGCCCUUCUGCAGCGCAUCCAGGCCCUGGAGAGCGCCCUGGAGCUGCAGAAGAGGCUGACGCAGGAGGCGCUGGCCGAGUCGGCCACGUGCAGGUUGGAGACCAAAGAGAGAGAGCUGAGGGUGGAGGCAGAACACGCCGAGCGGGUCCUCACGCUCUCCAAGGAGAUGCUGGAGCUCAAGGCGGACUAUGAGAGGAGGCUCCAGCAGCUGAUGAGCCAGGAGGGCUCGCAGUGGGGCGGUCCUUCCCAGGAGAGCCCUAACGCCACGGCCGAGCCUGACCAGGGCCCCGAGAUGCAGCAGGUCCUGCAGGAGGUGGAGCGGCUGAGAGCGGAGAACCAGCAGCUGAGCCAGGACUACGCCAGAAAGGCCGAGGAGCUGCAGGCCACCUACGAGCGGGAAAAUGAGGCCAUCCGGCAGGCCAUGCAGCAAUCGGUGAGCCAGGCCCUGUGGCAGUGGCAGGAGAAGGAGACCGACCUCCGCAAGAACUUCCAGGUUCAGGAGUCAGCCCUGCAGGCCCAGGUCAGGAAGCUGGAAGGGGACCUGGAGCACAGGGGACGCAAGAUCAGUGACCUGAAGAAGUAUGCACAGAAACUGAAGGAAAGGAUUCAGGACUUGGACAUGCAGCUGAGGGAGGCACGACAGGAGAACUCAGAGUUGAAGAGCACUGCAAAAAAACUUGGGGAGAAGCUGGCUGCUGCCAAAGACAGACUGAUGCUACAGGAGUGUCAUGUGACACAGAAAACUGAUGACAGGAAGACUGAGCAAGCUUUGGAGAAUGAAGUCCUAGGGGAAGUGAAUGACUUGGAGGCCCACAGUCUUCAUCCUCAGCAGGAUCGAGGCUUUCCCAAGGAGUAUCCCUGCACACUAGGAGGCCCAGAUGCACAGGCCAAGAAAGAAGCAAAUGUCGAGACAGAAUAUAUGAAGCAGCGACAUGAAGAAGACCUUCACAAGAUUAAACGUCAAACUGAGGAGGAGAAGAAGCAUCUCAAAGACCAGCUGGUGAGGCGCCUGGAGGACUUGGUAAAGAAACACACUGUGGAAAUCAAGUCAGUGCGCUCAUCUGUGGAAGUGGAAAGAAAGAAGCUGCAGAAGGAAGUAGAAGCAAAAUUGGAUGAAGUGAAGACAAAAUCAGAAAGGGAAAUAAGGCAGCUGGAAGAAGAGAAAGCAGCCCUCAAUGUGAAGCUUCAGAAUUCUCUGCUCGAGGUUUUAAGGCUGGAGGAAUUUAUCCAACAACAUAAGGGACCUGUGCAAAGAGCUGAAGAAAGUCCCUGGGAAUCAGACUGCCAGCAUCACAGCAUCUUGGAGACCCAGGAUUCAUGCUCAAAGGUGAAGGAACCUUCUCAGACACUGCCCAGAGAAGAGUAUCAAGAUAAGUUAGCAGUUGAAGAAGGAUCCAGCAGCGAUGAGGAAGAAAGGACUGAAGCUCCCCUCAAGGAAGGAAGUGACCUGCAAGCUCCACUAGGCUCUUUGCUGAAGGAGAAGGCACCGGAAAUCCGCCAUCUGCAGGACUGGCAAAGCCAGAAGGCCAGACUGCAAACCCAGGUGUCUCAGCUGCAGCGGGCUCUGGAGCAGUGUGCCAGCGACUACCGGGGGGACCUGCAGGCGCUCGAGCAGCUGUCGGACCACGAGAGGGAGAAGCUGCAGCGCCAGCUCCAGGAGAGCCUGCAGCAGGGCCAGGCCGCCAAGGCGCAGCAGGCCCUGCGCAUGCUCGAGAAGGCCAACGCCCAGGAGCUCAAGGCCACAGAGGAACGCUUGAAGAAGGAAUCCAGCCACAGCCUCCACAUCCAGCACCAGGCACACCGGCUAGAGCUCCAGGCCUUGGAGGAAAAAGCCAGGCAACAGCUGCAAGAAGAACGGGAGAGGACACAGGCCCAGCAGACCCUGCUUCUGGAGUCCCUCAGGCAGGAGCUGUCCGAGCAGCGAGCUGCCUGCUCAGAGCACCAGAAGGACCUGGAGGCCCUGCGGGCUGAGCUGAGGGCUCUGGACAGUUUGGGAAGACAGCAGGACAUCAGCCCAUGUCCAGGGGACAGUGAGGACCACACCAACACCACAGAGGAUGCGGGCGGCGCUGCAGGGCUGGGUGCGGCGUGCGGGCUGCUGGAGGAGAACGCGCAGCUCCAGGACGCGGUGCUGCGGCUGCGCGCGGAGGUGGAGCAGCACCGCGACCAGCGCAGGUUGCUGGAGGAGGACCAGCAAGCUCAGAGGGUAAGGGAGGUGGAAGCGCUUCGCCAGGAGCACCGGAAGGAGAUGCAGGCUAUGGUGGCAGAUUUCAGUGGUGCCCAGGCCCGGCUCCAGGCCCGGCUAGCUGCUCUGGAAGCUGAACUGAAAGACUCUGGAGAGAAGCCUGGGAAGGGAGUGUCGCGGCCUGAGGACCUGCAGCUCAUAGGUCGUCUGCAGACCCGCUUGAAGGAGAGAGAAGAGAUCAUCAGGCAGCUCACGGAAGAGAGAAGAUUUCACAACGCAGUGUCCCAUCGGAAUCGAUCCUUCUCUUUCAAUCCUCACCCAGGGUAUUUGACCCCUUCCAUGAAGAAAAAGAAGAUGGAGGAAGUGCCCAGCCGAGUGGUCAGCGUGCCAAACCUCGCCUCCUAUGCUAAGAACUUCUUAAGUGGAGAUCUGAGCUCCAGGAUCAAUGCCCCUCCCAUAACUAAGUCACCCAGCUUGGACCCAAGCCCUAGCUGCAGCCGCCCUUACAAAGCCACCCAGGCUCUAGAUGCAAAAACUGCCCCGAGGGCGCAAGAGGAGGAAACGACCCAACAGAAACAGGGCUCUCCACACCAGGAGUGGUUUACCAAGUACUUUUCUUUCUAAACUCAUUUUGGAACACAUUCCAGAGGACAUUAAAAAAGCACUCAAACUAUCUGAAGGAAUGAACUAAAACCAAAUAACGUGCUAGUGAUGAUUUGCAUAU